AAGCAAAUUUCGCAUCGAUGGUAUCCUCAAGGUAUUGCAAAUCGGUGCCCUUCAGCUUUACGACUCCGAUCCCGCAUCUCGCGCGCGCGAUAGCAUCUUGAUAAGAGAGGCACCUUGUUUCGUUGCUUGAUACGCUCGUCGGGUUCCCGCUCCGUUCCCUUCCAUCGAUCGCCUUUCGGGUAUCGCGAUCAGGUAAGCAGAUACGAGCGAGCGAUUUGAGUUCGCUCCGAUGUGUUUUCUCAUCGACGUUUUUUGCGAGAGUAUCAAGCGAUCGUCAAAUACGCUCGGUUCGAUCGGGACUUUAUCGAAUGAUAAAUUCGCCAGGUGAAUUUUCAGUAUAAACUCUCCGGUUAAUGUCAUCCGAUCGACUUAUCUAGGCCUCUGCGCGAAUUGCGAUUUACCAUAUAAAUUGCAAGAGAUCUCCGUCAUUUUUAUACGUCCAAUCCGAGCGGCAUCUCAUUCCGUAGGCUAUAACUUAUUUUCACGGAAGAGGUAUGAAGCCACGCUCAAACACGCAGAGUCUCGCAAAUUCGUAUUCUCUCAUUCAGCAAGUAAUGCGUUUCGCCUUUUUUUUUUUAUUAUUUAUGCCGUUCUUGGUGUGACAUUCACGCUUAAUCUACUUUAAGGAUUAUCCGUCUGUUCGUUUUAAUGGUAAGAUUCUUUGCCGUGAUAUUUAUCAAUCAUAUUGAUUUGUACGACGAUAUUAUACUAUUUAUAUUGUUGUAACUAGCGUGGUCGACAGUGUAUCAAGAAUUCACAAAAACGAAUUGACGAAAAUUGAUUGAGGGGGCAUCGUCUGGAGAGAUUUCAUGUUAAUUGAAAAGCAACGCAAAAUUUAGGAGAUUAAUUUAAUUUCUCGAGAGAGCAUAGCAUUUACAUAGUAACUUAGGCUAUACGUUGAACCGCCGAGGAUAGCCUUUUUGGACCGGCGACGGCUGGUGAAUACGACCGUAGGAAAUCGACUUUUGCUCGUGCGAUGCUCGAACAAUGGGCAAUAAAGGCGAUAAGAGUUAAUUUCAUCGGCCGGCGCGCGCUGGAGCAAGUGGCCACUCGAGCCGCGUGUAGUCGUCAGUUUGUGGCCGAGUCCCGGAGGGAAGAGAAGAGGCCGGCAUGCGCCACCGUUCGCGUACGGCAUCAGUCGCGCGUAACGCAGGAAAUGCGUUAAUCCGUCCGUUCUCUCUAGCGGUGGUCGUUUGUCGGAAAGCGGACGCAGCGGGGAACGCCCGAGAGGAUUCGCGAGAGGAAUAAAUCGCGACCGAGGUAGAACGAGAUCGCCGAAAUUCUCUCAUUCAAGUAUAAACUUUAAUUGGCAUAAGCGUCUGCUGGUGAGAUGUGAUAUUUUGUCUCUCACCCCUUUUUUUUCACGGUAUAACGUAACAACUCUAUAGACUCUUCCGGUUCAUAAUGGCUCUGUAAAUAAUUGAUAAUUUUUUAUAUUCGGCGCGAAGAUGACUACUACUGAUGUGAAGGCAGAUUUUAAUCUUGCCAGUUGACACGUGAAGUAAUUGACGCGCGGUUAUGAUUCGGCGUGUUUUCAAAAGAUAAUCCUUGCUGCGAUGUGUAUUUAAAAUAUUGUUUUUACGUGAUAUAUGAUGAUCGUCCUGAAUAAAGAAAACAUAUUUAUACGGCAAUAUUUUUCGUAUGAGCAAAUAAAUAAAUGCACCGAUGUUUAUCCUCGCGCGAGAUGGAGGGAAAUAUUGCAUUCAUUGUAAUUAAUCGGAUUCCCCUUGAUCAAUAUUUAUGGAAUCACUACGCGAAUAAUCGCGUUCGCAGUUAUUGAUUGAUAACCGAAUAAAUAUAAUUCAAUAUAAUUGAAUCUAUUGCAUAGCAUUAUUGCAUAUAUAUAUGCAUAGAUUCGCGGAUAUACUUUUGAUGUGAGUGCAAACAUUCAUCGUGAUGUAGCCGCGAAUGUACAUACGUCCUAUUUUGUAAUUCACGUGACGCAUUUGUUACAUCGAAUAAUAGAUGAUUUACAUUUCGCGGAGGAUAAAUUUCAGAUUUUUUUAACCGCGCUGUCGCGACAAUUGCGUAUUACUUCCGGUUUGCCCUUCGUAUUAUCGCCUCGACCGGACAAAGCUGCUGUAAAACUUUGCGCGAAACGUCAAAGCGUGAAUCUGCGUUUCUCUGUUUCUCUGUUAUUUUUUAUUCAAGUUUUUAUUUAAUUUUUUUAUUCAAGUACAUCAAAUAUUAAAGAAAAUGACAUUUUUUGUGUCUCAAAUAUCGUGUCACAUAUUUGGGGGGGGGGAGGAUUCGCAAUCUAUCAUUUAAGACAGCGUUAUUUAAAAAUACCGGAUAUAGACAUCAUCUCGCCAGGGCAGGGGCUCCCAGAAUUAUCCGUCUUAAUCUCAAUGACAUUUUUCGGUCAAUUUGAAUCUACAUAUACGUCCUUUGUUCCAACGAUUAAUCAAAUGAGCGGAUGUCGACAUCGCUCUUACGUAAGAUUUAGCAACGUUCGUCAAUAAUGAUUUCGAGUCGUUGUUUUUCCUCGUAAAAGUUCGUUUUUCAUUUUCAGCGCGAUUCGAGGAUUAACCGCAGAGAACGAUCUCGUCUAUCGUCAAACCGGCUGCGGCGAUCAUUCGCUCGCAGUGGCGAAGAGAGGAGAAAAAAACGGGGAAAAGCGUUUAAAAAAGUGGUAGGGAGUCAGAGAGAGAGAGAGAGAGGAGUGGAAGAGGGUAGAGCACUUGAACAACGCGUUGCGGCGUCGGGCAAACGCGUUGUUCCUGCGACCGACACAUUUUCCGUGCCGAUGCACUUACCCUCGCGCACCCUCUCCGCGCGCGUUGCACCCUAUACAACGCCGGCGACGAUGAUCUAUCCCUCCGUGCGCUUCCCCACCCUCAUUCUGUGUCUCGUCGCACACACACACACACACACACACACACACACCAUCUCUACUUCCUUUCGUCCGUCACCCCACUCGUCUACCCUUCGCUCACCUACGAGUGACGACGCCUGCCUCUCGAAAUAGUCGCUACAAAGCGAUUCACCGUGCAUAUCGUGCCGCGGACGUGAUUGCUGAGCCGCUCUCUCUUUCUUUUUAUCCUGGCGUAAAGAGAAAAAAAGCGGCCGGCCGGGAACGAAGAUUUCGGCGCGGGCGACGCGAAGAUGAUUUUUUCGGGGCGGACGAGACGGCGUUCCUCGAGAGAUUCUCGCGGCUACGCGGUGUGGUUCGAUGUGUCGGCGUGAGUUUUUGUAGCCGACGGUAUAUUUCCGUUAUGAUAUUACCCGCGUUAUCGGAGUUAUUGUGCAACGGCAGUAUGACAGUGCUUAUCGCUCCCGCUGCUUGGAUCCCUCUGCUGUUCGCUGUUCGCGCGCGCACCGUCAAGCUCUACCCUCAUCGCAGUUCUUGCCUUCCAUUCAUUUCGACCGCCGUUAAUCGGCUUUCGCGGAGAGUGCACUUCUGUAUCUGAUGAAAUAUUCGGCGUGUCUGCAGGAAUCAAAGGCCAGCUGAGUUUUAUCGCAAAUAUGCGACACGGAGAUCGGCGGAGCGGCGAUUGUGUCGACGGUGACAAUAGACUGCGCGCAGAAGAGAUCGUGAAACUGUUUAAUGUGCGUGAAAUUGUUUUACGUACUUUCUCAGCGAUCGUUUCAAGAGAACAAUUUAAUUUCUCACGUUUUAAUCCACUUAUUCACCGUCGAUCGGCGCGCAAAUUGUGUUUUUAAUCGAAGAUACCGCGUCCGGUGGCACGGACUUUCGUUUUAUUUCGAUAUGUUUCAUCUUCGCCGCGCCGUCGAUAAAAGUUAGAGUUUCCGAGGAUAAAAAAAAAAAACUGUUUCGUAAUUCCGUCAGUCGAGAAUCGACGAACGUCGAGUGACGACGGAAAGUCGUCGCGGGCUUUUGAGUUCGUUACGCGGUAGCGAAUGACAGUCGUCACGAGAACGAUCACGGUUCAGCGCGGCCGGAAAGUGAAAAAUGAUUCCUCGCGAUACCUCGUUAUAAGCGAGGGCACACGUGGAUAACCUGGUGAGCGAUGUGCAUUACGUGCCGGUGAUUGAACAUCGCGGCGCCGCCGCCACGCGUAUUACGACAGUCUCCCGGGAUGAGAGAAGUGGCACUUUAUUCAUAUAUUAUUCGCCACGAGAGAUAGAGGCGUAUCGAUACACCGAUAAUCGGACCGAUACACGACUGCGCUCACUCGAGCGCUCGCUCGGGAUCCUUGUCGGAGAUGUGCGCUCGUUAGUCGCUGGGAUGGAUAAACAGAGGAAGGGAGACACAUCGAGAAGGUGAGUGCGGUCCGCCACUCGUCGUUCAGCCGGGCGCUUCCACGGAAAUUUCUCCUCCGUGUUCUUUCGACCGCGCCGGCACGACUUUUCGCUCCCGCUAAAUCCCGCCGAGGACCCUUCGGAAAGAGUCGCACUUGCACGAUUCGAACGGCGAACCGUACUUUCACUCGAUCGCUUGUCCCGCACCUCGCCGACCCUCAGCCGACGUAUACGCGAAGAGGAGAACGCCCGGGUGGCGCGACGCGAGAAGGGGGGAAAAAAAGAGAGACUCCGGGCAGAAGGAGAAACGCGAGAAGAGGAAGCGUACACGCACGCACGUACGUGCAUACGCACAUACGUACACGAACGAAACGAAGCGAGUGAGCGCUCGCGAGAGUUCGUCGAGAGGUUUAGUGACCUCGGCGUGUCGUCGUUGUCCUAAGGAGAAGCAGGAGUAGGACGACAACGACGACGACGACGACGACGACGACGAGCACGAGCACGAGCACGAGCACGGGCGCAAGCACGAGCACGACGACGCCGAGGCGCAACGAGACGACGAGGAGUGGCCGAGAAGAAGAAGAGCAAAUUGGUGCUCCCGGUAGCAGGGGCCCAUGAGCGCCGUGGGGGAAACGUUGCGCAACGUGUCGAGGCGCAGCAGGCACGGCCCGCGCGGCAGCGGCAGCGGCGGCUCGACCGGCGCCGCCGAUUGGUCCGCGGCGGCCGCGCGGGGCCCGGCCCAGCCGGCCCCCGUCGCCACGUCCGCCACCGCCUUCGCCAGGCCCCAGGAUAUCACGGGCCCGACCAGACGCCAGUCCUCGCGCGACAGCGUAGACCCCGCCGGCCAGCUCACCCCACCUGACCACGCGGACCUUCUCUUCAAGGUGAUGUUACUCGGUGACAGUGGCGUUGGGAAAACUUGUCUUCUGACGCGUUUCCGUGACGGCCGCUUCCUGCCAGGAAACUACAUAACGACCGUCGGCAUUGACUUUAGGAACAAAGUUGUCACCGUCGACGACACGCCGAUCAAGCUGCAGAUAUGGGACACAGCCGGCCAGGAGAGGUUCCGAAGCGUGACGCAUGCUUACUACCGAGACGCACACGCGCUUCUGCUGCUGUACGACGUGACGAAUAAGACGAGUUUCGACAACAUCAGAGCUUGGCUAAGCGAAAUCCGGGAACACGCGAACGAGGAUGUCGUCAUCAUGCUGCUGGGUAACAAGUCUGACUGCGGAACGGAGCGCAUUGUUAAGCGAGAAGACGGCGAACGAUUAGCGCAGGAGUACAAAGUGCCGUUCAUGGAAACAUCUGCCAAGACUGGCCUCAACGUCGAAUUGGCGUUUCUCGCCGUUGCACGAGAGCUGAAGGCUAGAAAAAGCGACGACUCCGAUGGGACGAAAUUCAACGUUCAGGACUACGUGCGUCAGCAGUCGCAGAGAAGCUCCUGCUUCAACUCGAGUUGCCUGACAACCUGAAAUGCUUUCUUCUUUUUUAUGUUAAAUUAAGAGGACACGCAGACCGGAACCGCGUUGGCCGCGUGAAAUUGUCAUUGCGAGCCGGGGCACUCAUUUGAUUUCCGUGAGAGUAACAUUCGUUACGGGACGAUAUUAAAUUUUAUACUCGAUUUAUAGAGUAACGUUGCGAGUAAACCACAAUCACGCGUGUUGAUCCAAGUUCGUCGGGCGAAUAAGAAUCGGUUGUUCUCAGGCGAAGUGGUAUUUCGUUCAACUGAGAGUUAAAUAAAUGUUAACGAAAACCGCAUACGCGAUAUCCUUGAAAAGAGAUCGAGGAAAGAGCAGAAUUUUUUUUUUUAACGUAGCAUCAAGGGGAAUCUCACGGAGUCCUCGUUAAACGUAAACAUACAUAUGUCAAUGAUUACUCGAACACGCUGUAUAUUAAUGUGAAUAGUUCUAAGAGGAUAGAGAGAGUUUCACACGCAGGACAUCCCUGUAGGUAAGGCUUUAGCUUAAUGGUUCUAAUUUCGCGUACAUAUAUGCAUAUACAUAUAUCAUUAAGCGCUUAAAGCGAUCAUCAAACGAACAUAAGUUGUAACGUCGAUUGUCGUACACGCCAGUUCCGUAAUCGUUCGUUACAUUGUGCUCCAUUAGCGUUUCGCUGUUUGCAACAGAGGAGCGCGAAUAAUCUUCGAUUUGCAUACAAUGUGCUUGUUACGAGUUAUAUAGCUUGGUGCGGUUGCGUUUCUCUCGCGGUGCCUGCGUGAGCGAAAACAAAAUGUCAACGCAAGCUCAGUCGACGUACCAAGUAGUUGCGAAGUAGUGCGUGUCGAAAGAGAGAGAGAAGGAAAUAAAAAGAGAAAGAGAGAAGAGUACAUUUCGUAAAAAGAAGGCUGAGAAAACGUUUCGCGGCCACUGUUGAACGGAAUUUUCCCGCGGUCAUCUACCUCCUCUCUCUUCUUUUAUUCUUUUCUUUCUUCCUUUUUGUGAUGAGAAUACGUCAUAGACUUCCAUAUACCGUCGAAUAACCGCUAAUUCUGAAAGACGAAAGCGAAAAGGCAAACGAGAGAGGAGGGGUAGCGGUCAUUUUUAACGAGUCCAAAAUUGUCGUUGCCGUCAUCAUCGAACCGAGAAAUCUUUUUUUAAAGAGUAAACGGUGUUUAUGCUAAUAUUAUUUCGCCGGGUGCCGUUUUGCCUGCCGAGGACUCGCGACAAAUUGCGAUACUGUUGGCAAAUCUAGAUGUUCCAUAGAAAUCUGUGAUGCACGUUUCGCGAUCGUUAUCAUGCGCAUGAGCAUAUUUUGUAAUCAAUAAACUGAUAUUUAUGUAAUACUAGAGUGGGAUAUUAAUGAGCCAAUUGGAGUGAAAAAUAGUUAUCCGCAAUGUAAUGGAGGAAUAAAGGAAAUUUAUCGAUCGUUAUCAUGUCAGAGUUCUAAGCAAAGUUGAGGACUGCUGUCUGUUGAAGAGUCAAUAAACUUAAUACUGUUUAAUAAAGCCCUGUCGAACGUCGUUACCGCGAAAGGACCGUUUAAUCGCUCUUGAUUUGUCUAAGCCUCUAUUUUGCGAUAGAAUUAACGGUAUAGUAAUAGGGACGAUCGCGCGCGAGUGCGGACAUUAAUUUUAUAGCAAAAUGGAAAUCCAAGCAGAAUUUAAAGUCGGUUUAGGCAGAAGAUUGACGGAAAAUAUAUCGCGUAUGUUACAUCCUGAUGUAUAUGACAUGCAAUCUGUCUUACCUGCAGUGUACAAAUGACAAUUUCAUGUAUCAAAUGUAUAUCAGAAGGAAUAUAUGAAAUAAAAGUCGACCAAACAUA